AAAUUCUCUAUACACACUCUUUUUAAGGCCACAAUUUUCCCACUUCACUUUUUUUCAUCACUAGACAAAUUUUUUUUUAUCUACACAAAAAAUGUUAUCAAUGUCUGUUCAAUCUAGCUUGAAAGGCAAUUUGAGUAUCCCUUCUUUACCUUCACAAAAUCCAGCUUAUAAAUCCUUCAAAUCAUGUUCUUCAUUAUCUUUAAACAACAAAGGUUUAUCAACAAGAAGAAUUCAUAAGAUUUUUGCUUCAGCAGUUGCAGAAGCAGAACCAGUUGAAGUUGAGACUUCAGAGUCUGUUGUUCAAGAAAUUGAGAAAGUUGAUAUGAAGAAAAAGGUAAUUGAGAAGCCAAGGCUAGUGUUGAAAUUCAUAUGGAUGGAGAAAAAUAUUGGACUUGGCCUUGAUCAAGUUUUACCAGACCAUGGAAGUGUACCAUUAAGUCCAUACUUUUUUUGGCCAAGAAAAGAUGCAUGGGAAGAGUUGAAAACAACACUAGAGAGUAAGCCAUGGAUAUCACAAAAGCAAAUGAUUAUUUUGCUUAAUCAAGCUACUGAUAUUAUCAAUUUGUGGCAGCAGAGUGGUGGAAAUUUGACCUAAUUGUUGUUUUUGGUAUUUAUUUGUAGACAAAUUGUUUCAACUUUCUGUUUUUGUCAUCUUAUUUUUAAGUGUACUAUAGUUGAUGGAGAAUACAAUUGGAAUCAUUUUUCAAGAUUUCUUUUUUCAA